AUGAAGGACACCACUAGCGGGGUCCGCAAGUGGCUGGGCACGUUUUCAUCUGCAGAGGAGGCUGCUCGGGCGUUUGAUGAAGCUGCCUUCAAAAUACGAGGAUCAAAGGCAAAGCUUAACUUUCCACAGGAGUACAUCAAGGAAAGGGGAGGAGUCAUGAGUUUCAGUCCUCCAGAGCUAGUAUCAGCGGCUACUAAGGUGGAAACGGCAGGAAUGGAGGCUGGUAAUAUAGCUGGGAGUAAUGGCCUGGGAGCUCUGGAGAGUAAGGAUUCGUUAGGACGGGUUGGGAAGGGAGUUUUUAUGAGCUCUGGAGCUCAAGGCGCUCUGAAAGGGAAGGAAGUGGAGUGUGCUGAUGCUGAAGAUGCUGCGGAAGGAUGCUCGGUGGGAGUGGACACGCAGAUAAAGUCGUCGCUAGGAGAAGGAACAAGCAGGGCAAUGGGGACGGUGGCAGCGGAAAUAGACUCCACCCGUCCUGCUACCUCUACUCCAUCAACCUCUGCUGAUGUGCUACACUCCACCCUUCCUCCUUCCGCUGCCCCUUCCAUCUCUACUUCUUUCUCAGACUCCACCCUUCCUGCUGCCUCUGCUCCUUCCGCCUCCACUGAUCUGCUACACUCCACCCUUCCUGCCACCUGGGAGUAUAAUGUCGCAGUAUCUGGGAAAGUGACGAUGCCAGGAGGGGAAGCAUCCCUGAAAGGAGCAGAGGAGAUGGUAGAGAUACCCAACAUGGCGGCAGGCCCAGCUUCAAACAUGCUCACAAGCUGGCAUGCUGAGAUGAUGCAGUGUGCGCCUGCCAUGGUGCCCCCAUUUGAGCCGCUCGGGAGGCAUGACCAUGGCAUGCGCCACAGCGUGUCUUCCCCCCUGGAGCUGCGGGUUUCUAGUUCGUCAACCCCUGAGUCCCAGCCGUCUGUGGGAAACACUCGUGGUGUGGGUGAUUUGAGUGCUGCAAGUGGUGCUUUUGCUGCUUGUGGUAUGGGUGUUGUGGGUGGUCUGGGUGUUGCUGGUACAGCUAAUAAUGCGGGUGUUGCCAGUGCAGCAGGUGUCGUCAGUGUUGUUGGUGUUGUCAGUGCUGCAGGUGUUGCCAGCAAUGUUGCUGUUGCAGCUCCUACCAGCAUUCCUGCUGACGUUUCUGGAGUCUCUUGGGCUGCUGCUGGCGCUGCUGCUGACUCUGCUGCACCCAUUGCUAAUAGUGCUGCUGCAGGAGUUCCGAUCCUUCCUCCUCCCGUCCCUCCACCCAACAUCUUUGACUGCACGGUCAGCUUGCAUGGUUUCAACAGCACAGAGCUGGGGUGUGUUGAAGCCUUGGAGCAUGCUGUCUCUGAGAGAAAUAUCUGCGUGGAGAUUGGAGGUGCGGACAGCAGUGGUGGAGCGGUUUUCAUGCUCGACUGUACAGCAGCACCAGGCUUCCAAGUGCCGUACAGAGUUGUUGCUGAGGAGUAUCCCAGUGUGGACCAGACUGGUGUAGGAUUGGAUAUUGGGGGGCAGGCUAUGGAUGUAGGAGGGAUGGGAUAUGCAGAAGCUUUCCAGCAACUAACUGUGAGUGCCACUGCAUCAUUGAUCCGCUAG